AUCUCUAUCACGAAACAACAAGACUCUCCAGACUGACUCCAGGAAGAAACCACCAUGUCUAAAAACUCUUCCAUCUCCAAGGCUUUCGCCGCCACCUCAGCCGUCCUGACCGUCUGUGCCAUCGCUGGCAUUGUCGUCAUGGUCAUUUUGUACAAGACUCAGAUCUCAACGAUGAACCCGACGCCUAGGCCAACCAUCCCGGAAACCACCCCAGGACCACCACCCGUCAUGAGGUUACCAAAGAACCUCAUCCCUGAAAGAUACGAGUUGUUCCUCCAGCCUCACUUCUACACCAAAAUCAUUGAGGAGGUAAACGUCACCAGUCCCAACCAGACAAUGCUCUUUACAGGGAACUCCACGGUUCACUUUCACUGUGUGCAGAGGACCAGCACCAUCUACCUUCACAGCUUGGACCUGACAGUCUCUGAACCCGUGGUGAUGGACAAAGCCCUAAAUGAGAGGAUAGGUGUCUCCUCCAUGACAUACGUUGAAGGCUGGGCGAACUUCCUCGAGAUUAACUUGAGGGACGUUUUAGAGGCAGGAGGAAAUUACAGUUUGUUUCUGAAUUUCAAGGGAGAAAUGUCACAAAGUCUUGAUGGCCUGUAUUUGAGCACAUAUGUUGACGGUGAACCAGAGUAUGAAGGGGAUACGAGUGUGAACAGAUUGCUCGCAGCCACCGAUCUGGAGCCAGCAGACGCCAGGAAAGUGUUCCCUUGUUUCGAUGAGCCGGAGAUGAAAGCAGUGUUCGAGGUGACCAUCAUCCACAGGCUAGAAACAACAGCUCUGGGAAAUGCAGGCAGAUCAGACUCCAACAUUAUAGAUGAGGAAUGGAAAUAUACUCGAUUCUAUCCAACACCCAAGAUGUCUACAUACUUAUUUUCCUUCACUGUUUCUGAGUUCAAGUCAACCCCGUCUGCACACGAGCGCGUGGAUAUCAGAACAUUUGCUCGUCCAGAAGCCAUCGCAGCAGGUCACACUCGAUACGCAGACAACGUCACCGGAAAGGUUCUCGCCUUCUAUGAGAAGCAUUUUGAAAUCAACUACCAACAAAAGAAACUCGAUCAAAUUGCUUUGCCAGACCUGGAACCUGCAGCGAUGGAAAACUGGGGACUGAUCACGUAUGAGCAGGGAUCCUUACUCUUUGAGGACGGAGUGUCCUCACUGCUGCACAAGGAACAGAUCAUCACUGUCAUUGCACAUGAGCUGGCACACCAGUGGUUUGGAAAUCUGGUGACGAUGAAAUGGUGGAACGAUAUUUGGCUGAAUGAGGGCUUCGCCACCUACAUGACUAACUUUGCAGUGGAUCAUGUUGAGCCUACAUUUAAAAUGAAAGAUGCAUUCGUCCUGCACGACCUCCACACAGCAUUUGAGGAGGAUGCUUUGGCCACGUCUGGUCCUAUCAGCCCUCCACAGGACGAUGUCCUGGAGAUCCAUCAGAUAAUUAUGAUGUUCAAUGCUAUAACAUACAGCAAGGGCGCUGUUCUGCUGAGGAUGCUGGCAGACAUGGUGGACGAAAGGGUUUUCAACAAAGGGAUCAAAAUGUACCUGUCUGACUUUAGCUUUAAAAACACUGACCAGGACGACCUGUGGGAAUAUAUACAAAAGGCUGUGGAUGAAGAUAGCGGUCACACAGAGGUUGCAAAGGUGAUGAACACUUGGACCAAACAAAGUGGCUAUCCUGUCGUCACGAUCAACACGACCUCUGGAGAAAUCUACCAGAGGCAUUUCCUGUUCAAUGACACCUCUGAGUCAAGUCUUUGGUGGCACAUCCUGAUCAGAGUGAAGUCCAAAAACUCUGAGACUACCUCUACGUGGUUGGACAGCAGGGAUACAGUAAAGAAAGACGAGUUUAUUUCUAAGAAAGGAGAGUGGAUUCUGGCAAAUGUCAACUCUUUUGGAUACUACAGAGUCAACUACAACCCUGAGAACUGGGAACGCCUCCUAACUCAGCUGGAGUCAAACCCAGAUGGGAUCCCACUGAUGAACCGAGGGCAGCUCAUUGAUGAUGCAUUUAAUUUGGCGAGAGCUAAACUCAUAGACGUGACUCUGGCUUUGAAUUCAACCCGCUUCCUUCGUUAUGAGUACGAGUACCUUCCCUGGGAAUCAGCAGUCAGGAAUCUUCAGUAUUUCGUCUUCAUGUUCGACCGCACAGAGGUUUAUGGACCCAUGCAGGUGUACCUCAGGGAGCAGGUGAGCGGGCUGUACCACUACUUCCAGAAUGACACAGACCUUUCACAAGUCCCAGAGGACCACUCCCAACAGCACAACCAGAUCACCGCCAUAAAUGUGGCAUGCUCCAAUGGACUCCCAGAGUGCACAGCCAUGGCUACAAAGAUGUACGCCGCGUGGAUGAACAGCAAUGACUCAACCAACAGCAUCCACCCAAACCUGCGGUCUGCAAUCUACUGCCAAGCUGUGGCUGCUGGUGGGAAGGACGAGUGGGAGUUUGCCUGGGACAAGUUUCAGAGCUCCAGCAAAACAUCAGAGAAAGACCAGCUCCGUAAAGCUCUGGCCUGCACCAAGAAGAUCUGGCUGCUGACCAGAUACCUACAGUACACUUUGGACCCUGAGAAGAUACGUCUCAUGGAUGUUGCUUCCACUAUCGAUUAUAUAUCUGAGAACGUGGCAGGACAGGCACUGGCAUGGAACUUUAUCAGAGCACACUGGAACUACGUCAAACUGGGACAUGCAGCCCAACUGAUCGAGGGAGUCACCAGAAGGUUCUCAACACAGUUCGAGUUGAAGGAGCUGGAGCAGUUUGAGACGGACUACGGGAUUUCUGCUGCUUCCAGAGCCGUGGAGCAGGCCAUAGAGCAAACCCGAGUGAACAUCCAGUGGAUCAGUGAGAACAAAGACGCCGUGCUCGAGUGGUUUGAGAGCGAAACAGCUUCAUAGAGCGGACAUUAUUAAACAUCCUCUGUUAUUUUUGAGCCUCACAGAUCAUUGAUGCACGCGGUUUUCAAAAUUGCAACGUCACUUUAUCCAUGAAAGACAAUCCCAAUCAAGAGUUAGCUUCACUUUGCCUCAGAGAGAUGAUCAUGAGAGUCAGACUAUCAGAGCUGUGAUCUUCAUAAACACAGAAACAUCGUAUAGAUCUACAAUUGAUGAAAGAAUGUGGUUAAUGUGUGAUACUUAGCGGUGUUUAUGUAUAUACUAAUGUGCAUUAUUUAUACAGUAUUUUCUGUCAGUCAUGAGAUUACCGGUGCUGAUUUUUGCACAUGAUGCUGUUUCAAAGUGUUUUUAUUUUCCAUUGUUUACGACUUACUCACAUAACGUAAAGGACCAGACGUCGUCAAAAGAAAUAAUGCAUGAUGGUACUUGUUCAAUGAUACAUAAGACACCAAAAUAAUAGUAAUAAUUAAGAUAUACCAAGUGUGCAUUGCAGUAGUAUUUUAUUCUAAAUGUGUCCAGGAAGAGGUAUUUAAUAGACCUGAAAUGCAACAGCUAAAUUCAUAAGCACUUUGCUAAUCUCUAGACUAGCUUGUCAACAUUUGCAUGGAUCAGAACCUUCUCUGUUUAUCUUCAGAGUCUGUCUUUAUGUGUGUUAUAUAUAUUGUAAAAAAA